AAAUUACUCCAAAAUUAAUUUUCGUGAGAAUCGUAGCACGUGGUGACAGCGCAAAAGUUUCCAAACAAAGUGUUUUUAAUAGUGUUAUUAAAUAGAAUAAAAUGGUAAUAAUGAAAACUAAAAAAGUUAAGAAGAAUUUUAAACCACGAAAAUUUCAACAUGCAACUAAAGAAGAGGAAAACGCGGACGUCGUACGUGAAGUAAUCCCCAAAGAUGUCCGUAUCAUAGCCCAGGAAGUGCAAAUUGUGCGUUCGCUUGCAUGUAAUGAUCUUAACAAACGUAAUCGCCAAAUCCGUAAGCUACGCAAAUGGCUGCAAAUACGGGCACGUAGUUCUUUUCCUUUCUCAGAGGAGGAUUUUCUGCGCAUUUGGAAAGGCCUAUACUACAAUAUGUGGAUGUCAGACAAACCAUUGGUGCAAGAAGAUUUGGCCGAACAAUUAGGAAAAUUAAUUGAAUGUUUCGACGGCGAUGUGGCAACUAGUGUGAAUUUUUUCGGCGCGUUCAUGAAAACAAUGUGCAAUGAAUGGUUUGGCAUUGAUCAAUGGCGUAUUGACAAAUUCAUGAUGUUGGUACGACGAAUGCUGCGUUAUAUGUUCCGUGUUUUGAGUGGCACUGGCUGGACUAAAGACUCCAUACAAUUAUUUAAUGAACAUAUGCAAAUGACAGUUUUGGCUGAGGAAAGCCCCGCUAUAGGCUUGACUAUGCACUAUCUAGACAUUUUCUUUGAAGAAUUGGCAAAAGUAUCUGAAGGUAAAAUUAACGCCGAACAAGUGGGGAACUUCGUGCUUCCAUUUGUAACUUAUAUAGCUAAAGGCCGCAAUGCUAAACUGAUAUCGCACUGCCGAUCACAAGUGUUGGAACAUUUACUGUAUCAAAGUACUUUGGGCCGUGAAUAUUCCGAAAAAUUUAAUGCGUGGAAACUAAUGGGUUUCCCCACUGAGUCAAUCAACGACUUAGAAUUAGUUGAGGAUGAUGCGGAGGAAAACGUUGAAGGCGAAGAAAAUGAAAGAGCGGAACUACAGUCCAAAGAGAAAUACUUAGAUCCACGUGCAGGAAAUGUGGAUGUGUUCAUGCCUGAGCUGCCAUUAAAUGCUAAAUAUGUGAUUGAUGAAUUGGAAAGACUUUUAUAUAAAGAUGAGGAUAUUACCACAAAAAUUAGGAUGCGUUUGCGUAAGCUAUUGGAGGUUUUCAAAACCUAUCAGGGUGGUGAAUUUCCAUUGGGAAUAAAGAGUAUGCCGCGCUUUAAGGCAGACAAUGAAAAACCACUGAUGAAAGAAAAAAUAGAAAAAUUAGAAAAUGUUGAAAACGAACUGUUUGGUGUUGGACGAAAAUUAAAGCAAUUGAACAAAAGAAAACGCCGCAAGUUGCUCAAAUCACUGAAUUUCAGCGAAGUCGAUGAGUCAAAUUUCGAUGAAACUAUUAUGAAAGCUUUACCCAAGCAAUACCUAAAGGAAAGGAAAAGAAAAUCGAAUGCGUUCAUGGAUAACUGGGUAGAAGAAGAAUUAGGUGCAGAAGAUAUAUUGCCAAAGAAGAAACAGAAAAAGAAGAAGAACAAGGCCGAAAAAUCUAACGGAUUUACAGAUCUUGAAGCAGAAGAGACUAGUAAUAUUGAUGGCAUUAAAGACAACGCUCAAGAUGUAGACGACCGCAAGGUUCCAACACAAAGUGACAAAAUAGAGGAUGAAAAACGGCCAAAAACACCAAAAAGUAAAGACCUAACUACCGCACAGGCAACAACAACAGAACAGCAGCAAGAAAACGUUGAUAACAAUCCUAAAAAGGAAAAAGAAGGUUCAGCUAAAACCGCUAAAUCAGAGCGGGAUACGCCAUUGGCAGAAGGCGAAAUAGAAUACUUCAUACCAUCACGAAAAAUACAAUUGAAAAAUGCCAACGCAAAUCUUGUGCUAAAUCCUUUGGCGAAGAAGCUGCAAAAUAAUGUAUCCACACCGGUGAAUGCAAAGAAAGGAACUUUUACAGCGAACAACUCCACACCAGCGGGCAGCAUAAAGCGGGUGAAAAUAGCUCUUAAACACAACACUGCGCAAAAUCCCAGUGAGUACAUAAAGCAAAUUAAGAGUUCUCCAAAUUUGCCAUAUGAUGCAGACAAGAAGCCUGGAAAAGGCUUAUUGAAACCCAACUCAAUGCCUAGUCCAAUUAAUCCAUUUUACAAAAAGAAAAUUGGCUUACGACUAGCUAAUGAUUCAAUUUGAACUGUGUGAGAUGUACCCGGGAUUAUCUGCGUGAAGAUUUUUAUAUUUUAAUUCUAUA